AUGAAAAUUCCGGAAACCGAACAGAACACUGAGGAGCUCCAGGAACCUAUUGCGAUGCGAACUAGGAGCAAUACAAAACGACAAUCUCGAUUAAAGGAGGACCAAACAACUAUCACCGCACCAUCAUCAGAAACCUGUAGAGAUUUACACGAUCAAAAACAGAUCAAUAGAAGUUUCACGACAGCACCAUUGCCAAUAGUACUACCAGUAAUGACACCAUCUCUUAUUCAGAUGGAUGAUGAUGGUGAUAACGAUGAUUGUGGCUUUCUAUGCAGGUAG